UUCAACAUGGCGGCUUGUGCUGCUUAGGUGACCAGUAACACGACAAACCAGCAACACAUGUGUUGCGACAUCCUUAAUGAAUAGUUGUUACAGCGGAAUCUAUUGUUAAUACAUAACCUCAGUGAAAAAAAACACAUGCUAGAAGUCACUCUAGCCCUAAGUUGUCCUGAAGAUAUUGUUUUGCUACUAGAUUCUAGACUAUACUACUAUACUAUGCCGAGUCAGGAUUUGUGAGCUUCCCGUUACCUGGCAGUUAUUGUGCUGGGACAGAACCAGACACCAAUACCAGAGAUCGUCUUUUUGUGACCUGUUUUGUUAAUGUUUGUACCACCUCUAAUUUGUAGCAAAAAUGAUCAAAUCAGAAAAUAUCAUGGGGAUCUUACAGCCUCCUGUUCCUGAAACAGACGAGGCCCCCGAGAAUGACGUGACCAACAAUACCAUCACCCUCCCCCUGUGGGGCCGGCUUCACUUUGUGCGGGACUCGCAGGGCCAGCUGUUCGUCUCUGGGGUUGUGGCCUAUUGGAUGUUUGGCACAUUCUCCACCAUCUUUGUGCUCCUUCACCCGGCCUAUGAGGACGGCCAUGUGUCGCUGCCUGUUGUAUAUGGUUUUUACGCUGUGUCUGGCCUGUGUCUCCUGUCAUUGAUGCGAGCUUCCCUCACAAACCCAGGAAGGAUUCCAAGCUACGACUUCAGCAAACACGCAGAGACAGGCUGGACAUUGUGCCAACGAUGUAAUCGCAUGCGCCCGCCGCGCUCCCACCACUGUCGCCGAUGUGGUCAGUGUGUCAUGAGGAUGGACCACCACUGCCCCUGGAUCAACAACUGUGUCGGAGAAGACAACCACUUUGCCUUUGUGCAGCUGCUGGUCUACGCCUUCCUGCUGGGCUUCUACUCCUUCAUCCUGCUCAUGUGCCACUUCUGGGUCUUUCCAAAGUGCAACAGUUGUAACAGGGAUGCUAUUUAUAUCAAGCACGGCAUCUGGUUCAUGUACGUGGACUUCCUCCUGGCACUCAACAUCAUGUUUAUGAUGGGCGUCAUGGUGACGCAACAACACUUUCACCUCAUCAUUAACCGAACGACAAUAGAAACAAUGUUGAAACCUCCCAAGGCCAAAGAAAUUACGGUGAGGCAGACCUACACUGCCUACAGGGAGCUUUGUGGGCGGGGCCUACCUCUGUUCUGGUGGCUUCCCAUUGGUCGACGGCGGCCACUCCUCCCAACCUCCCACAGUCAGAAUGUCUGAGGGUGUCCAAUUGAAAUGUUUAUGUGUGUAGAGGAUUUUUUUAUGGCUUGCGGACUCCGCUUCUCUAGACUGACAGAGAGAGAUAGUGGGAGACAGAGAGAUAGUUAGAGACACAGAGAUUUAGGGAAAAACAGAGAGAUAGAGACUGAAAGAAACAGAGAGAGAUGAAGAAACAGAGAGAAAGAGAGA